AUAAUCAUUCUUCCCGUUACGCUCGGACUGUCGAGAUGCGCCGACGACAACAAACGAUACAUGGUGUCAGAAGUGAAGCAAGGGCCUAAACACGUACAACAUGGAUUUUGUGAAGCCACCGCCCCCGCUACGUACUAAUGGGGAUAUCAGCAAGAACUGGCAGGGCUUCAAGCAGCGCUUCGAGUUCUUCUUGACAGCGUCGGAGACCAGUGGCAAGCCUCGAACGGAAGCGACAAAGACUGCACUCCUUUUAAGUAUCGCAGGUGAGGAAGCCAUUGAGAUCUUUAACACGUUCGAAUACCAGCAAGACGAGGACAGCAAAGACUACAAAACCGUCGUGAAGAAGUUCGAUGCAUAUUUUGCCGGACAGACUAACGAAGUGCACGAACGUUAUGUAUUUCGCUCAAGGAUCCAGACGCCGGGAGAACCCUUCGAGCAUUUUGUAAGGGACUUGAAGACUCAGGCAGCGGCGUGUAACUUCGGCAGCCUUAAGGAGUCGAUGAUCAGAGACCAAAUCGUAUACGGCACCACAGACAGCAACCUUCGAGAAAAGCUGUUAAGAGAUAAUAAUUUGACUCUGCAAAAGGCAGAGCUGGCAUGUAAAGCUGCGGAAGCAGCAGCAGCGCACGAAGAAAUCUGGGCGCGCGAACAGAAGCAAGUAGAUCCGGUGGGCGUGGCUCCUAAUAGCAAAAGUUUCCCACGAGAACACGCCUUUUCGAAGUGUCUGAGAUGUGGGCGCGAGCAUGCACCACGAAGAUGUCCAGCCUUCGGCAUGAAGUGCAGGAAGUGCCACAGGCGCAACCAUUUCGCCAUAUGCUGCAAGGCAUCCACGGAAGUUCACGAGCUCCUAGACUCCGAAGACAACUUUGACAUUUUGGACGUUUCAAAUCGAGGCAAAAGUCAGCGCGACUGGACGGUGGAAGCUCAAGUUGAGAACGUGCCAGUGGACCUAAAAGUCGACACGGGAGCACAAGCAAAUCUGCUGCCUUGGGGGUGCUACCUCAAGAUGCGCCCUAAACCACCGCUGAAGCCAAGUAGCGCCGUGUUACGCUCAUACGGAGGAAGUGCAAUUCAGCACGUCGGCGUCAUACGUACCGAGGUGACGCUCAAUGACACAACCUCAGUGCUAGAUUUUUUCGUCGUCCAGAAGGGGCGCCAAGCGAUCCUCGGACUUCAAGCAUGCCAACUCAUGGGACUCGUGCCGCGUGUUUACAGCGUAUCCAAGAGCAGCCAAGAAGGCAUCGUGGACGAAUUUCGCCACUUGUUCACCGGAACCGGGUGCGUGCAACGAGUAUACAAGAUGGUGUUACGUGACGGCGCCGUACCCGUUGUCCAGGCCGCACGGCGUGUUCCAGUGGCCUUACAAGAACCCCUCAAGAUGGAAUUGGACCGCAUGCAGCGGGCAGGAAUUAUCACGAAAGUGACCGAGCCAACAGACUGGGGAAGCAGCUUGUCCUUGCCGACAUGCUCUCGAGAGCCACAAGCAGACAAGCGGACGGAACCGAAAGCGAUGACGUAGAAGUCCACGCGGACGACACCAAUGGAGGGCGCCCCGUCACCUGCCGAGGUGUUACAAGGAAGACGACUGCGAACGACGCUGCCGGAUGCCCGGGCCGUUCCAGAACUUAUGGUCCGAAAGCAUCGCCAGAGCAACGCCCCAAGGAG